AAGCAGUGGCCAGUGGAAGCUGGGGAGGUGACCGAGGGGUCCAGGUGGCAGGAGGGCCAGGCCUUUGAGGUCCUUGGAGGGCGCACUCUAGAACCCUUGGCGAGUGAAAGGAUGUGUUAGAAUCAGAGCAUUUGGAAACAAAUGAGCCUUUAAGAGACUUGAGCUCAAAAGGAAAAUUUCUUGAUUUGGAUCAAAGUGGUUCCGAGGAACCAGAGAUUAGUUUCCCUGAAACACAGCCCUCAAGUGAGCUUGGGGAGAAAAUUGACCAGAUGCCUCAGGAUGAACUGGGACGGGAAAGGAGAGAGGAAAAAAGAUGAUCAGACUUAAGUGAGCGAGGAGAGGAAGAAUUCCAGUCCAAAGCAGAGAUGCCGGAGAAAUCACUGGUGUCUACCAGCGAGGACAUAUUGUUUCGAAAGGAUGACCGCGCCAACGUGUAUCCUUUGACCAUGACUUGGUCUUUUGGAUGGAAGAGUUCUCUUCCUGUUUACUACAUUCGAGAUGAAAACCAGAGAGUUCUUCUGUACAUCUGUGCUGACACUGCGUUCAUCUAUGAUGUCUUCAAGAAUACUCAGCACCAUCUUCAGUUUCUGGGCCUGUAGUCAUGAACAAAACAUGGAAAUUAUAGUCUCAUAAAUACACAAUUACGAAUUACAACAAACACUCCAAAGGAAAUGUGGGCUGCUGCAGGAGAGAGAUCAGGAGUGAGAGAUGGCCCUCCAGUUGGUUGUGCUGGCAGACGUGCCCUUUGUGCCGAGAUCUGACUGACUGAGGAGAAUGAACCAACCAGGGGCAGUUUGGGGAGGAGCAGUCCAGACCCAGGGAGCUCCAGGUUUGCAGGCCUGCCCAAGGGGCCCAGAAAGAA